GGGUGCGGGACCCCCUCAUCCUACUUAGGGCAGACCAUGGACUCCUUAGUCGAGCCUCGGUGGCCUCCAAGUCUGGCAGUCAUGAAGACAAUAGAUGAUUUGCUGCGGUGUGGAAUUUGCUUUGAAUAUUUCAACAUUGCAAUGAUGAUUCCUCAGUGUUCACAUAACUACUGUUCUCUUUGUAUAAGAAAAUUCCUGUCCUAUAAAACACAAUGUCCAACUUGUUGUGUGACAGUCACAGAGCCGGACCUAAAAAAUAACCGCAUAUUAGAUGAACUGGUAAAAAGCUUGAAUUUUGCACGGAAUCAUCUUUUGCAGUUUGCCUUGGAGUCACCACCCAUAUCUCCUGCUUCCUCCUCUUCAAAGAACCUUGCUGCCAAAGCACACACUCCUGUAGCCUUCAGACAUUCUUUAAAGCAAGGAAGCAGGUUAAUGGAAAAUUUCUUGAUCAGAGAAACUGGUGGUUCUACAUCAGAGUUGUUGAUAAAAGAGAAUGAGAUUAAAUUUAUCCCUCAGAAAGAGGUGAGCACUUCUUCAAAGACCAAGGAGACACCUUCCAUAGAAAAGGCAGCUCCGUGUUCCUUAGAUGGUCAUGUUCCUGAGAAACCCUCUACAUCAACUUUGAAACAGGUUACGAAAGUGGAUUGUCCUGUUUGCGGGGUUAAUAUUCCAGAAAAUCACAUUAAUAAGCACUUAGACAGCUGUUUAACACGUGAGGAGAAGAAGGAAAGCCUCAGAAGUUCUGUUCACAAAAGGAAGCCUCUGCCCAAAACUGUAUAUAACUUGCUCUCAGAUCGUGAUUUAAAGAAAAAGCUAAAAGAGCAUGGACUAUCUGUUCAAGGAAAUAAACAACAGCUCAUUAAAAGGCACCAAGAAUUUGUACACAUGUACAAUGCCCAGUGUGAUGCUUUGCAUCCUAAAUCAGCUGCUGAAAUAGUUCAAGAAAUUGAAAAUAUGGAGAAGACUAGAAUGCGUCUUGAAGCUAGUAAACUCAAUGAAAGUAUAAUGGUUUUUACAAAGGACCAAACAGAAAAGGAAAUAGAUGAAAUUCACAGUAAAUAUCGUAAAAAACAUCAGAAUGAAUUUCGGCUUCUGGUGGAUCAGGCCAAAAAAGGAUACAAGAAAACUGUUGAAAUAUCAAAAAAAAAAGUAACAAAAGAAGAAGAUGGAUCUAUGGAAAAGCUAUUACCUAUUUGUGUGGAACAGGAAGAUAAAAAAGUGAAAUUCUCAGAUACUUCCCCUAUAACAAACCACUUCUCUCAAUCAAAGCUGGAAUCCCCAGGGAGAAUGGAGCCUGAUAGACCAGAUGAUUCUUCCAGUUGUACUGAUAUUCAAGAAGAAGCUCUUUCUUCAUCAGAAUCAGACUCAUUCAAUAGUUCCAGUUCAGAUAUCAUAAGAGAUCUUCUAGAAGAAGAGGAAGCCUGGGAAGCAUCACAUAGAAGUGAUCUUCAAGACACAGAAAUGAGUCCAAGACAGAAUCGUCGUACCAGAUCAGCAGAGGGUGCUGAGACUGAGCCGAGAAAUAAGCGGAAUAGGAAUUAGUGAGGGCUUUGCUGACCUUUCCAGUGUGGUGAUUGGAGUGUGGCACUUUGGGUUCCCACAUAGACUUCAUAUUCAUAAAUGCCCAAGUGUCGACUUCUCAAUAUGAUAGUUAGCUGAUUUUCAUACAUUUUGCCUUUCCUGGGAAAAAAUAAGUUCUAAAACACCCUCACUUGGUCAAUUACUCACUGUCUCUAAAGCAUCUCUGUCUAAAAAUAUUGACAUCUGCACGUCUGCCUACUUUGCAGAGCACACAGAGAUCUUGACAAAGUUUUGUGUGGUUUUGUUUCUGAAUUUCAGGAUAUCCUUAAAGCAUUCUCCUCUUCCAUGUAGAAAUUAACUUGAGAAAAGGAUUCUUUUCAACCUCUCUCACAAGGAACAGCUGAGGAGUUAAGAGCCUUUGUAUUUCUGGAAAGGCAGCACCAUUUUGGUGCUUAUCAGGCCCUGAUGCCCGGAUGCCAGCAUGCCUGUCACAGCAGUUAUGUGAUGGUCAUUGCCCGAGUUUUAAAUGUAGUCAUUUGUCACUUGGAGUAGGAUGUUGGUAUUGAAACUAAAAGUCACAAACACUAACUUUGAAACAUUGGGCAUAUUCUUUGGAAAUGGCACUUCAAAAUGAUAUUAGUCUUUUUUUUUCCUUUUUCACUUGGGUAAAUCAGAUCUUUACUACUCUGACUCCAAGCUAUUAAACAAAAAGAAUGCAAUAAAUGAAUUUGAAAAUGAAUAGACUGUAUCAAUUUAAAAUAAUACUCUGGAAAUAGUGUCUUAUGAAUACUGGAGUACAAGCUACAGAUCAGUGGAAAGACUUGGUUAGAAAUUGUCUCUGUGCAAAAUGUCCACCAGUUCCCAGUUCUUCCAGAGUUCCUAAGGCCACUCUUCAGCAUCCCAGAGUCAGCCCUCUCCACCCCUGUCCCCACAUCACUCCCGGCCCAAACACAUCACUGUUCAAAUGAUAUGACAGCAAAUGAGCCAGUGCUAAGAAAACAAAUUUAUGAAUGUACCAGAGAGACGUUUGUGUCUUCCCCUUUCCAAAGAAUGUCUCCAUUGACUUUGGCUUUUUGGUAUGCUUUUGGGUUUCUGGUUAAUGUGUGGAGUCUCAUUAUGACUUAGAGUUCAGCGCUUCCACACUUAAAUGGCCAUUUGUUUUCUUUUUGAGUUCCCUGAGCUUCAAAUGGUUAUAUAAGAAUUUGUCAUAGUCAUUUCAUCUGCUAAAUUAUGAGUGGUGCAUUAAGGAAACUAAAAGCACCACUCACUGAAUCUUUCAAAGGAUCUGAUAUGAGGUAAGUGAGCAAUAUGAACUAAAAUAAGGUUUAAAAUUGAUGUGAUAUUUACGUCACUGAAUUGCCAGAAAUUAUGCUAAAAUGAAAACUGUUCCAAUAAAAAUUGCACAGCCUACUAUAAAUUAAACUGGAAGUAAUUACUACUUUAAUUGCAGCUGUUAAAAACAAAAUCCAAACAAGUAAAUGUGAAGAUCUAAUUGGCUUUAUUCAAGGAUUCAUGAAUCAGGCAGCAUCCCAUCUACAAGUAGAAAGGAGCACCAAGUUGCUGUACAAAAUGGACAGUUUUUAAAGUCAGAAACAAGGUUGAAGGAAGGACCGAAGCCAUUAGCAAAAGAAAAGAAACGAUUGGUGUAGGCAAGUUCACCAUUUGGGGGAAGACUA